GAAGCAUCACUGCAACCUGACUCACACCAGGAGUCAGCCUCAGCACCUGCAGCAGCAGUCUGAGCACUCCGGCUAUCAAGGAGACUGGGGCAGACAGACUGGGAGAGAGCUGCUGAGAUUAUGCGCGGGGCAGAGAGCUCCUGUGGAUUCCCCAUCUUCGGCAACAGCAGCAGCAGCAGAGGGGGCAGGAGCUGUGGCUCUAAAGACAGCAGCCGAGCUAUCUGGAGCUGCAGACAAACAAGGAGCUCUGCCUCUAAAGCUAUUCAUUUAUCCAGAGAUGAAGGUAGCACUUACAGCAAAGGUGUAACAGGAACCAGCUGUCCAUGUAGCCACAGUGUUGAAUGUACCUGUAGCCAGAGCAGUGACAGUAGCUGCAAGGUGACCACAGCAGUGCAGUUAGGUGUAAUUGUAGUAGUACCAGGGGGGCAGUGGCUCAGGACCCUGAAUGACCAGUGUGGCUGAUGAAGGCCACCUGGAUCCGCUUGCUGAAACGAGCCAAAGGAGGUCGUGUCAAGAGCUCCGAUGCCUGUGGUUCGGCCGACUCCUACACCAGCCGUCCAUCAGACUCCGAUGUGUCCCUGGAGGAAGAUAAGGAGGCAGUGCGCAGAGAGGCAGAGCGACAGGCUCAGGCACAGCUUGACAAGGCCAAGACCAAACCAGUUGCAUUUGCUGUCCGCACAAAUGUCAGCUACAGCCCGAGUCACGAUGAUGAUGUACCUGUGCCAGGCAUGGCCGUCUCCUUUGAGGCUAAAGACUUCCUCCAUGUCAAAGAGAAGUACAACAAUGACUGGUGGAUAGGACGCCUGGUGAAAGAAGGCUGUGAAAUCGGUUUCAUCCCCAGUCCAGUGAAGCUUGAAAACACUCGUAUCCUCCAGGAGCAGAGAGCCAAGCAGGGCAAGUUCCACUCCAGUAAAUUGGGAGCAAACUCAUCAUCUAGUUUAGGUGAAGUUGUUCCUAACUCACGGAAAUCUACUCCUCCUUCAUCUGCCAUUGACAUAGACGCCACAGGCUUAGACCCCGAGGACAAUGAGCUUCCAGUCAACCUGCGCUCCCCUAAAGCCAGUCCAAACACUGUCAUGUCACCCCUAGCAAAAGAAAAACGAAUGCCCUUCUUUAAGAAGACGGAACACAUUCCUCCGUACGACGUUGUGCCUUCCAUGCGGCCCGUGGUUCUGGUUGGACCGUCACUGAAGGGCUACGAGGUGACAGACAUGAUGCAAAAAGCACUGUUUGACUUUUUGAAACACAGAUUUGAGGGAAGAAUAUCAAUCACUCGCGUCACGGCGGACAUCUCUCUUGCCAAACGCUCAGUCCUGAACAAUCCCAGCAAGCACGCCAUCAUUGAACGCUCCAACACACGCUCAAACUUGGCUGAAGUGCAGAGUGAGAUUGAGCGGAUUUUCGAAUUGGCGCGGACGUUACAGCUGGUGGUUCUGGACGCCGAUACUAUCAACCACCCGUCACAGCUGGGGAAGACUUCUCUCGCCCCCAUCAUUGUCUAUGUCAAGAUCACCUCACCCAAGGUGUUGCAGCGGCUCAUCAAGUCCAGAGGAAAAUCUCAGGCCAAACACCUCAACGUCCAGAUGGUGGCUGCUGACAAGCUGGCUCAGUGCCCUUCUGAAAUGUUUGACAUCAUUCUUGAUGAGAACCAGCUGGAGGACGCAUGUGAGCAUAUGGCCGAUUACCUGGAGGCCUACUGGAAAAGCACUCACCCCACCAGCUGCAGCCCCCCUGACCCAGUGUUAGCAAAGCUACCCACAGCCUCCCUGCCUUCCAGCACGGCUCCGGUCUCCAGUGUGCAGGGCAACAGUACAGAGCAGAAGGGAGAUAAAAUGGAAAGGAAAGGCUCCAGAGAGGAUUACCAGCACCAUCAUCACCAUCACCACCACCAUCACCACCACCAGAGCCUGGACCAGGGUGAUGCCGAUGCAGAGCCUGAAGGGGAGGACAAUGAGGAGGAGAGGCCCCUUAGGACAGAAUCGUCCAGGAGAUCCCAGCAUGUCCACCACCGGUCAUCUUCGACCAGGACUGAGCACCACAACCACCAUCACCACCACCAUCAUCACAGCAGUAAAGCCAGGGGCCUCUCCCGGCAAGAGACUUUGGACUCUGAGACCCCCGAGAGCAGGGAGAGCCGAGAGAGCAAGGACUCGGCUUGUACCGAGCCACGCACUCAGCAUCUCCAGCAGGAAGAGGAGGACGACGAGGAUCUUGGGGAGGGGCACCCCCAGCAGCAACAGCGUUAUGAGCCACUGCCCCACCGGGACCACAACCACCAUCACCACCACCACCAUCACCGCAGCGGUGCGGACGAGGCCGGUCACAGCAUGGGACACCACCGCUCCAAAGAGCGAGAACAGGACCACAACGAGCGGAACAAGCAGCGCUCUCACCACCAUCACCGGCCGGUACGUGACCACCACCAUCACUACUAUGACCGGGACAGAGAGAGGGACAGAGAGGGGGAGGUGGCUCCCAAAAAGAGGGGUGAGGCAGGGGAAUGGGCCAGAGACUCAUACAUCCAACAGUGACCAGACCCGUCCUGAGGCCCCUGUGGACUCUGUUCUGUUCACCCAUCGUGCUGCUAUACCCUGAAAAACCACAGCAUCCUAUUUAUGUACACUAAUUUGUAAAUGCUGUUGCAUCUUUUUCAAUGGCAGGAUUUUGAUUACAUAGAUACAAAUAUAAAUAUAUAAAUAUAUGUAUGUGUGUAUCUAUGCAUAGACGUUGUUUAUGUGUGGAUAUGCAUGAAUAUUCUCAAAUAUGCAUAUUUUAAACCUGUGUUUGAUAAAGCAUGACACAAAAGCAGAAUUUUUUUCUGUACUGAGCUGUGCUUUCUGUGACUAGCAUUAUAAUUUUUAUUGUUUCUAAUAUUAUUGUUAUUAUUAUUAUUAAGUUUUAUUGCUUGCUACCACUUGAAUAUUUUGUUCCUUCAGACUACUACGAGGGUUGACCAGUCAUCAUACUUUGAUGUUGUAGUUGCAGAAGAGUUUGACACUUUGGGAAAUAACAGUCACUUGCUUGUGCAGACUUACGUGUGGUUGCCACUCUAUUAGGUACACCUAAUAAGUGUUGCAUUAAUUUUUCUCCAUGAAGGUGAUAGUGUUCAGUUUUUGUUGAAGCUCUUUUAUUUACUGUAUGUAUUGAUUUAGUUGUUGGAAAAUGGUGAACUGUAUUGCACUGAUACCUGUUGUUUUGGUCACGCUUCAAAGUAGCCUGCUUGUGCACAUCUGGACCACUUUGCUGCUGUUGUUAGGUCACUUGACCACUUGCACAUGUGCAUCUUUAACCAUGAACCUCAAAAGCGAGACAGUGUCAGUUUGUCAGCUUCUUUGACAAACUGACUUAACUUUCAUGUUCAUUAUGUAACUUAUGGGAGUUGGACAAUCCAAGCCCAGUGGUAGCAUGUUAGGUUAGGAGCAUGAAAGGAGCAUGCUCAUUACUUCAUAAAACAAAACAACCUCACUGAUAGCCUGUACCACCUUGAAAAAGAAGCGCUUUUUUGGCUAGUUGGACACAUCAGGACCUGCCACACUCUGCAAAUUUGGCACCCCUCUUCCUUAAAAAUGAAACUCAAGGUCAAGUGUCACUACUUUGACACAGUGGCGGAGAUCCACUGCAUAUCACACUUCAUAAAUGUCCUACUGUAAGUAGUCACAAAAGGACUUCUAUGCAGCAGUUCUGGAAGUGAUCAUGGUGUGCACAAGGAGACUACUUUAACAUUUGUCCAUUCUAUCUAUCAAACAUGUUUUUUUCCCAAAACACCAGACAUAAAUCCAUUCGGGUUUGCGUCUGGAAGGGCAUCUUGUUUAAAGAAUAAAAUAAAUGUGCCAAAUCAAGCACGCCGAGCUACCCGCUGUGGCAGCCCCUUGUGAAUAAGGGAGCAGCGGAAAGUAGCGUCCUUCUCUUCUUUUUAUGACAAAAGAGCCUAAACAGGCUUAGAAACAGAUGCAGUUUCCAGUGUGAUCUAAGAGCUCAACAGUACCACAAAGUUGAAUAAUGACUGUUUGAUUUUUUUUUUUUUAAAUCACUGAACACUACAGUCUUUAUAACUGCAGCACUGUUAUAUUAGACUGCAUUGAUUUUUAGCAGAUGAGAAACUUGAUACCACUCUCAUAUCUGUACAUUACAAGUGCAGAGCCAGCAGCAGGUUAGCUUAGCUUAGCACAAAUAAACAGGAGAAAAGCGCUCAUGUGAAUAGCUUUUCUGACAGUCUGUCACCUACCAGCACCUCUAAAAGCUCAAUAACUACUUGGUUUCAUUUGGUGAAAUCUGUACAAACCUUACAGAUAACAGGUUCUGGUGUUACGUGGGGGUGGGGGGGAUUCAUAUUUAAAAGAAAUCUAUGAGUGGUAUUGCUCUAUCUUUAAUGGUGUAUUUCCCAAAGUGUCAGACCACUCAUUUUAAUUUUAUGUUCAUCACUUACUGCUUAGUUUCUUUUUUUAAUUCAACAUUUUUAGGUGUUAAGUUUUAACAUAUUGCCUUCUUGCAGGCGCACCUUAGUCUUGCCUUACAAGACAAACAAAGAGUUCUACAGUAACUUCCUCUCAACACAUGUAGUACUGUUCUUUGUAUGGGUCCAGAAACAUUUUAUAACAUUGGUACAGCCUUUAUUCACAUUGGUUUCAAUUGAAGGGGAUUUGAUAUGAAAUUGCCACCAAUCAUCAUCAGGUCUCAUUAUCAAAACUCCAUAAUAAUUAAUCUUAUAUUAAAUCUGACCCCUUUUUUAAUGAAUACUUUGAUUUCUCAGUUUGAACAAUGUUAAUUUUAGGAUAUGUUGUUCAUUAUGUUGGUUAUUACUGAAAUUUCAGAGAGACAAAACAAAUAAUUCCAAAUGUUUACAGAUAAAUACAGAUAUUGUCUUUCUGUUUUUGCUAUCUGGUCCUCUGACUGAAAUACAGGAUCUAUUUAUUGGGAUAUUUUAUCUGCUCUUUAUGCCUAAAAGUCAGUGAAAUCAUCAAAGUCCAUGCACUCUGGCCCUCUGUUUACACACCAUCUCCUCACCUUUUGUUUUUUGCCUGACAAUUGUAAUUAUAAAAAAAAACUCCAUUUCUAUGCUACAUUGGUAGCACUACAGAUUUUAUAACAGUGUACAUGUGUACAUAUUGCAUAAAUAUGAAGAAUAAAGUUGGAAACAAACGA